AUGGUGGCGGCGAUGGCGGCGGUGACGGUGGGGGAGAUGGCGGCGGUGAUGGUGGGGGCGAUGGUGGCGGCAAUGGCGGCGGUGAUGGCGGCGGCGAUGGCGGCGGUGAUGGCGGCGGUGAUGGCGGCGGUGAUGGUGGCGGUGAUGGUGGCGGUAAAGGCGGCGGUGAUGGUGGCGGGGAUGGCGGCGGUGAAGGCGGCGGUGAUGGCGGCGGUGGGGGUGGAGAUGGCGGCGGUGAUGGUGGCGGCGAUGGUGGCGGCGAUGGUGGCGGUGAUGGUGGCGGUGAUGGCGGCGGUGAUGGUGGGGGCGAUGGUGGCGGUAAAGGCGGCGGUGAUGGUGGCGGGGAUGGCGGCGGUGAAGGCGGCGGUGAUGGCGGCGGUGGGGGUGGAGAUGGCGGCGGUGAUGGUGGCGGCGAUGGUGGCGGCGAUGGUGGCGGUGAUGGUGGCGGUGAAGGCGGCGGGGAUGGUGGGGGCGAUGGUGGCGGUAAAGGCGGCGGUGAUGGUGGCGGGAGAUGGCGGCGGGAGAAUUCCCUUACAGGCCACCCACUAA